AUAUUGUAAAUACUAUGGUUGUGGAUAUGGAAGUUUUGACAGAUAUUACACACAGACAAAGGUUAAAGAAACUUUUCGACGAUUGUUUCAAAACGAUUCACUUCGCGCAGAAAACAAGUAUGACUGUGCUCUCAAGUGUUCAUCAUAUGAAGGUGCUAAUUAUAGUGUAUACUUUAAAACGAUUUGUCAGUGUAUUGUUAAUCUGACUACAAAUCUGGACACAACAACCAACUACUGCUUAGAGGAGUGUACAUUGUUUUAUGACCUUUACUGUCAGGGUGAUCCUGGAUUGUUAUUCUUUGCAAUUGAAAGAAAAAAUACAGGCAAGACACUUGAAACGGUAGAAAGACUUAAUGUGUCUGUGUUUGAUGUGUAUAAUUUGACAUCUUUGAAUUGCCUUGCCAUAGCGAAAGGUAUAUAUAAAACAAAGCAGAUGGCAUAUUGCAAACGUAAAAUGAGGAAUAUUUAUUGUGAUGGUAUUGAUAACAGCAUCAUAUUCCGAAUUAGGAAUAAGUAUUUACAAUGGACUUGUAGUAAGGAGCAAGAUGUUAGUGGGAAAAAAUACUUUAGAGGGAUAUCACGAACAAUUAACGAAAAUACAACCACUACGUUUGCUAUUAGAAACAGCAUAACAUACACUGCAACAACAACACCUGUACAUUCGAAGGUAACUAGAGCAGAUAACUACGCCAUGAUAAUUUGCAACUGCGUUCUAUUUAUGCUAGUACUUCUGGUCUGGGUUGUAUUAUACUUGAGGCAUCAUAGGCAAAGAAAACAAGUUUCUAAGCGCAAUAAGAGGACAUCAUCCACCAGGCAGGAACAGACGUCAUCCACUAGACAGGUACAGACGUCAUCAACCAGCCAGUCACCAAGGAUAUCAAAUUACGAACAAAUAAGUGAAGUUACCAUUUCACGUCCAUUUCAUAUUACCAACGAAACGUAUAGUGACGCAUGUGUUUUUUAAGACUGAUGUUUCACGUACAUUUACAUGCACAUCCUUUUUACACAAUGCAUUUAGAGUAAAAUAAUAUUUGUCAUAUGUGUCUGUGCUACAUACAAUAUGAGAUGUAUUUGACUAUUUUCAAAACGAGUCUCAUUGGCAAAAUAUAAUUUCAUACUGUUGAUAUUUCAGACAUCAUGCUCCAAGUCAUUCAUCUUCGUACAUGUGUAUAUAUAAUAGGGGGUCACGUAAGGUAAAUCAUGAAAUAUCAACCGAAAUUUUGAGCUAGUUUUGUUUUCAUGGUAGAAUGAAUUACAAAAUAAAUGGUUGGUUGACGUUUCAUGUAAGUGCGGCCAGCAUAUGCAAUUACUGAAAAUAACAAUUAUACCAUCAAUAGAGCUACAGAAACGAUAUCACAAUAAUUUUGUAUUCUACUUAUACAAUAUUUCUAACUGGUAACACUUCUUUGUGUAAGCUUAUAUUCUAAAGUAAGCCAGGUUGAGAUCGUCUUAUAUCGGUUGCAUGUGAUAAUCUGUUGCAAUGAUGAAAUAUUCUGUAAAACACUACUGUUGUAUAUUUAUUACACACUGUUUAGGAAUCAAUGUAUCUAAUCUGCACGAAAAGACGAAAAUUGAAUAUGUUAACUAGUAAGGCAUUGCUUUAUAUGAUUUAUGAUACUCACGGGCGAUGACAAUUUCAAUCAUUAUAAUUGUACAUGGGAUAAUAAUUAUUGUUAUUUAUUUAUGCCUUUUAUCAGUAUUUAAAAGGUAUGUUGUGAACUAUUUUUUUCACCAAA